CAUCACCGAGCCACAGCCUAAGCGCUCCAAAUCGCGUUGGAAACGAUUUUCCGUACAGCAGCAUGGCGGCGCCCGUUGACUCUUAGAAAAGGAGAACUUUUUUCCUUUGCCCCGAAAGGGGUGUCUUUUAUGACCACCACUUAGAUGGGUGCUGUUUUCCUGAUAAGCGUCUGGGAAGGCGUCGUGCAGGUUUCUGACCAGGGAAGCAGUGAGGAAGAGAAUGUCUGUGGUACAUCAGAUGUCACCUGGGUGGUUACUGGAUCAUCUUUCUUUCAUUAACAAGAUAAACUAUCAACUUCACCAGCAUCGUGAGCCUAGCUGCAAUAAAAAUGAGCCCACUUCUUCUGUCCCCUUUGAUUCUCUUCAAAUGGAUUCGGUGUCCUCUUUUGGAGCCUCUGGUACAAUUAUUGCUUCUGACUGUACCACUAAGUCAGAGAACGAUGAUGGAGGAAAUCAUGAAGUGUUCACACAAAAAUAUGUUUUUCGAUCUGAACUAUUUGAUGUCACCAAGCCUUAUAUAACUCCAGCGGUUCACAAAGAAUGCCGACAAAGUAAUGAAAAGGAAGAUCUAAUGAAUGGUGUUAAAAAAGAAAUCUCCGUUUCUAUUUUUGGGAAGAAGCAUAAAAGAUGUAUUGUUUUCAACCAAGGUGAAUUGGAUGCUAUGGAAUACCAUACAAAGAUCAGGGAGCUGAUUUUGGAUGGAUCUUUACAAUUAAUCCAAGAAGGUCUCAAAAGUGGUUUUCUUUUUGAAAAACGGGACAAGUGUAGUGAGCCCAUUACUUUACCACUUGAUACCUGCAAUUUGUCAGAAUUAUGUGAAAUGGCUAAGCAUUUGCCUUCUCUGAAUGUAAUGGAACUUCAGACAUUACAAUUGAUGGAAGAUGAUAUGUCUAUUACAGAGCAGGAUUUAUUUUCACGGGUUGUUGAAAACAACUCGAGAUUUACAAAAAUGAUCACUUUAAUGGGACAGAAAUACCUACUGCCACCAAAAAGCAGUUUUCUUUUGUCUGACAUUUCUUGUAUGCAGCCACUUCUGAACUGUGGGAAAACGUUUGAUGUAAUUGUGAUAGAUCCACCAUGGCAGAACAAAUCAGUUAAAAGAAGUAACAGGUACAGUUAUUUAUCACCACUGCAAAUAAAGCAAAUACCUAUCCCUGAAUUGGCUGCACCAAACUGCCUUGUUGUUACUUGGGUGACCAAUAGACAGAAACACCUACAUUUUGUAAAGGAAGAACUUUAUCCUUCUUGGGCUGUGGAGAUAGUUGCUGAAUGGCAUUGGGUAAAAAUCACUAGUUCAGGAGAGUUUGUGUUCCCAUUAGAUUCUCCACACAAAAAACCUUACGAAGGUCUUAUACUGGGGAGAGUUCAAGACAAAACUGCUUUACCGUUAAGGAAUGCAGAUGUAGACGUGCUCCCCGUUCCAGACCACAGAUUAAUCGUCAGCGUGCCCUGUAUCCUUCACUCACACAAGCCACCCCUUGCUGAGGUUCUAAAAGACUACAUCAAGCCAGAUGGGGAAUGUUUGGAAUUGUUUGCUCGAAAUUUACAGCCAGGUUGGACUAGUUGGGGCAAUGAAGUCCUCAAAUUUCAGCACGUGGAUUAUUUUCUUGCUCUGGAGUCUGGAAGAUGACUAUGGUCUUAAUUAAAGCAGUGGUUUCUUCAGUGUUUCCUCACCCCUUCUUUCUUCAUUCUAACUCAUUUUUCCUUUUAUUAUCAGCCAGUAUGCUUAGAAAUGUAAAUAGGAGUUGGUUUUUCACUAAAGUGACCAGAGUGAUUAGGCUUCAUGUAAUUUUGAGGUGAACUUUACUUUGUACUAAUAUUCCAUGUUAUUCUAGACUCUCUACGAAUAAAGAGGUAAGCAGUUAGAAAGAUGGCAAGACUAUGCUAUUGAAACAGUUCAGGAAGCAUACAUGGGACGCGGACCAGAGAUCAUAAUCCUGCCUAUGGAUGUGAUUUGUUUGGCCCAGAUGGUGGUAUAAAAAAAAAUUUUGAACCAUUAUUCUAAAACCUCUGGAAAUUUCACAUAAAAGUCCAGAUUUCUGCUUCUCUUUAAACAUCAGAUGCUCUGGCUACACUGAACCCUGUGUUCUUUCCUGACAUCAGUCUGCAGGACAUAAGUGGUAGUAGCUCACUUGGGCAGGUCCAUGCUCAUUCCAGUUUACUGCAGUGCCACUUCCUCUGUGUUUCCUCUGUGUGGCUCACUUAUACUUGUGUCACCUACUUGGCCCCUGUAUGACAUGAAUUUGCAACCUCUGGUAUACUGUUACGUUCUAGAAAAAGUAUCCAAAAGACCUGCUAGGUACUGCAUUAGUAUAUUGGGUUUAUGCAACAUUUUUGGAGGGUUUUAAAUUGCAUU